UUCUGGGCCAGCUGGGAGAGCGUCUGUGGCUUCCUUGUGUCCGGCCGACAGCUGCAGCCUGGGGAGCCAGAUGCAGAAACAGAAGAUGACCACUCUGUGACUGAAGGGCCUGCGGAUGAGGUCAUUCGACCACGGCCACAGGGGUCUUCACCUGUCUACGAAUACUCGACUGAGGCUGCUGACUUUGGACUCCAGGAAGACGCCCCCGGCAGGCAAGGUUCCUCUGGGAGACGGAGAUCGUGGUGGAAGCGGGAUUCAGGGGACUCACGGACAUUUUUCAGGAUGAGUCGUCCAGAGUCUGUGCAGGAGGCAACAGAGGUGAUACUGAAGACAGAGGUGGAGACGGGAGCCAGUGGCUACAGUGUCACAGGCGGUGGGGACCAGGGGAUCUUUGUCAAGCAAGUACUAAAGGACUCCUCAGCCGCCAAGCUUUUCAACUUGAGAGAAGGAGAUCAGCUGCUCAGUGCAACCGUGUUCUUCGACAAUAUAAAAUAUGAAGAUGCUCUCAAGAUCCUACAGUACUCAGAGCCAUACAGGGUUCAGUUCAAAAUCAGACGGCAGCUCCCUGCCCCACAGGAUGAAGAGUGGGCUUCCAGCGAUGCCCAGCAUGGCCCACAGGGCAAGGAGAAGGAGGACAUGGAUGUUGCUGAUGGGUGCAGAGAGACCCCUACGAAAAUUCUGGAAACAGAUGGGGACCAAGAGAGACUCAUCUCUAAACCUAGGGUGGGGAGAGGCAGGCGGCCCCAGAGGGAGAGGCUCUCUUGGCCAAAAUUUCAGUCCAUAAAGAGCAAGCGGGGGCCGGGGCCCCAGAGGUCACACAGCUCCUCAGAGGCCUACGAGCACAGGGACACACAUGAUGUGUCCCCCACAAGCACAGACACAGAGGCCCAGCUCGUGGUGGAGCACCAAGAGCAGAAGGCAGGGCCAGGCAGCCAGAGGAGGCGGAAGUUUCUCAACCUGAGAUUCAGGACAGGCUCUGGAGAGGGCCCUUCAGUGACAGGACAGUCAGGCAGGGAGUCCCAGAGUGGGGUGGGCCAUGCUGGGAUCCUGGAAGAGUUGGGACCCUGGGGUGAUAGCCUUGAGGAUGCUGGGGCUGUCACAGGCAGCAGGAGAGAGGAGAGAGCAGAACAGGAUCGAGAAGUGACGCCUGUGGAGUGGCCCACAGAGCUCGGUGACCCUACCAUUUGCAAGGAAACCCCUGAGGAAGGGGCACCCAGGGCAGCCAGGCGCCACAGAAAGACCCUGGAGGGGCAGGCACAAGUGGCAGCAGUGACCCAGAGGAAGCCCAGAACCCAGCAAGCUCCUGAAAUAAGUGAGGAGGGUGAAGGUGAGGGUCUGCAGAGCCUGGAGAUUGGGAUUGCCAGAAUGUCCUUGAGAGACAAAACUCAAGGAGACACCCAGAGUGGCCCACCUGAAAUUAGGGUGCGAAUACACGAUUUAAAGACGCCAAAAUUUGCAUUUUCCACAGAAAAAGAGCCAGAAAGAGAAAGACAGCUUAGUGCAGCACAGAGAGGAAAGAGACAGGACUUGCCCUCAAAAGAGGGUACCGGCCCGAAGGGUGAGGAGGUGCAAGGAGCAGGGUGGGUGCCAGGGAGGGAACCCCCCACACAUAUAGAAGCACAACAGGGUGCAGGAGACAGACAGGAAGGACUACAGAGGACAGGAAUCACUCAGGGACAGGAGAAAGAUGGGGAAGACACAGAAGGAAAGAUGAGAAUGCCCAAAUUCAAGAUACCCUCUUUUGGAUGGUCGCCAAGUAAGGAAACAAAGACAGGGAGAGAAAAAACCACACAGGACCUAGAGCAGGGAAGAACAGGAGACGGAAUAGCCACAGAUGCCAGAAAAGAAUUGACAGGCACAGAGGCAGGCCUCAAAGAAAAAGACGACGGGGACUCACUGAUGAACAAAACAAAAAUACAACAACUAAAACAUGACCAACAACGCUUAAAAACGGAAAAAAUUCUGAAAGACAAGGACGUGGCUGCCGCCAAAGACAGUAAGUUCAAGAUGCCCAGGUUCAAGAUGCCGUCGUUCGGGGUGUCGGCCCCAGGCAAGUCCAUCGAGGCCUCAGUGGACAUGUCUGUGCCGAAGGUGGAGGCUGAGGUGGGCCUCCCCUCCAUGCAGGGCGACCUCAAGACCGCUGACCUCAGCAUUCAGCCUCCUUCUGCUGACCAGGAGGUCCAGGCUGGCCAGGUGGAUGUGAAGCUCCCGGAGAGCCACGUGUCUGAGGGAGCCGACCUCAAAGGGCACCUGCCCAAGGUGCAGAUGCCCAGCUUGAAGAUGCCAAAAGUGGACCUCAAGGGCCCCCAGGGGGACAUCAAGUGCCCCAAGCUGGACCUAAAAAGCCCCAAGGUGGAGGUGACUGCCCCCGACAUGGAAGUGUCUCUGCCCAGCGUGGAGGUGGAUGUCCAGGCCAUGAGAGCCAAGCUGGACGGUGCGCAGCUAGAGGGGGACCUGUCCCUGGCUGACAAGGACAUAGCCACCACCAAAGACAGCAAGUUCAAGAUGCCCAAGUUCAAGAUGCCAUCAUUUGGGGUGUCAGCCCCAGACAAGUCCAUCGAGACCUCGGUGGAUGUGUCUGCACCAAAGAUGGAGGCUGAGGUGAGCCUCCCCUCCAUGCAGGGGGACCUCAAGACCACAGACCUCAGCAUUCAGCCCCCUUGCACCACCCUGGAGGUCCAGACUGGCCAGGUGGACCUGAAGGUCCCGGAGGGGCACAUGCCAAAGGUGCAGAUGCCCAGCUUCAAGAUGCCCAAAGUGGACCUCAAGGGCCCCCAGGUGGACAUCAAGGGCCCCAAGGUGGACAUCAAGGGCCCCAAACUGGACCUGAAAGACCCCAAGGCGGAGGUGACAGUUCCCGACGUGGAGGUGUCUCUGCCCAGUGUGGAGGUGGACAUCCAGGCCCCGGGAGUCAAGCUGGAUGGUGCGCAGCUGGAGGGGGACCUGUCCUUGGCUGACAAUGACAUGGCUGCCACCAAAGACAGCAAGUUAAAGAUGCCCAAGCUCAAGAUGCCAUCAUUCGGAGCGUCGGUCCCAGGCAAGUCCAUCGAGGCCUCAGUGGACGUGUCUGCACCGAAGGUGGAGUCCGAGGUGAGCCUCCCUUCCAUACAGGGGGAAAUCAAGACCACUGACCUCAGCAUUCAGCCCCCUAUCGCUGACCUGGAGGUCCAGGCUGGCCAGGUGGACAUGAAGGUCCCAGAGGACCACAUGCCCGAGGGAGCUGGCCUCAAAGGACACCUGCCCAAGGUGCAGAUGCCCAGCUUCAAGGUGCCCAAAGUGGACCUCAAGGGCCCCCAAGUGGACGUCAAGGGCCCCAAGCUGGACCUGAAAGGCCUCAAGGUGGAGGUGAUGGCCCCUGAUGAAGAGGUGUCUGUGCCCAGUAUGGAGGUGGACGUUCAGGCCCCGGGAGCCAAGCUGGAUGGCGUGCAGCUGGAGGGGGACCUGUCCCUGGCUGAGAAGGACAUGGCCGCCACCAAAGACAGCAAGUUCAAGAUGCCCAAGUUUAAGAUGCCCAAAGUGGACAUCAAGGGCCCCAAGCUGGACCUGAAAGGCCCCAAGGCAGAGGUGAUGGCCCCUGACAUGGAGGUGUCUCUGCCCAGCGUGGAGAUGGACGUUCAGGACCCGGGAGCCAAGCUGGAUGACGUGCAGCUGGAGGGGGACCUAUCCCUGCCUGACAAGGACGUGGCUGUCGCCAAAGACAGCAAGUUCAAGAUGCCCAAGUUCAAGAUGCCAUCAUUCGGAACGUCGGCCCCAGGGAAGUCCUUCGAGGCCUUGGUGGACGUGUCUGCGCCGAAAGUGGAGGUCGAGGUGAGCCUCCCUUCCAUGCAGGGGGACCUUAAGACCACUGAACUCAGCAUUCAGGCCCCUACUGCCGAUCUAGAGGUCCAGGCUGGCCAGGUGGAUGUGAAGCUCCCAGAGGGCCACAUGCCCAAGGUGCAGAUGCCCAGCUUCAAGGUGCCCAAAGUGGACCUCAAGGGCCCCCAGGUGGACGUCAAGGGCCCCAAGCUGGACCUGAAAAGCCCCAAGGUGGAAGUGAUGGCCCCUAAUGUGGAGGUGUCUGUGUCCAGCAUGGAGGUGGACGUUCAGGCCCCGGGAGCCAAGCUGGAUGGCGUAGAGCAGCUGGAGGGGGACCUGUCCUUGGCUGACAAGGACAUGGCCGCCACCAAAGACAGCAAGUUCAAGAUGCCCAAGUUUAAGAUGCCGUCCUUCGGGGUGUCAGUCCCAGGGAAGUCCAUUGAGGCCUCAGUGGACAUGUCUGUGCCGAAGGUGGAGGCCGAGGUGAGCCUCCCAUCUAUGCCAGGUGACCUCAAGACCACUGACUUCACCAUUCAGCCUCCUUCCAGCGACCCGGAGGUCCAGGCUGGCCAGGUGGACAUGACGCUCCUAGAGAGCCACGUGCCUAAAGGAGCUGGCCUCAAAGGGCACCUGCCCAAGGUGCAGAUGCCUAGCUUCAAGAUGCCCAAAGUAGACCUCAAGGGUCCCCAGGUGGACAUCAAGGGCCCCAAGCUGGACCUGAAAAGCCCCAAGGCAGAGAUGACAGCCUCCGAUGUGGAAGUGUCUCUGCCCAGCGUGGAGGUGGAUGUCCAAGCCCCGGGAGCCAAACUUGACGGCAGGCAGCUGGAGGGGGUCCUGUCCCUUGCUGACAAGGACGUCACCGCCACCAAAGACAGCAAGUUCAAGAUGCCCAAGUUCAAGAUGCCAUCAUUCGGGAUGUCAGCCCCAGGCAAGUCCAUCGAGGCCUCAGUGGAUGUGUCUGCGCCAAACAUGGAGGCCCACAUGAGCCUCCCCUCCAUGCAGAGGGACCUGGAGACCACCGACCUCAGCAUUCAGCCCCCUUCUGCUGACAUGGAGGUCCAGGCAGGCCAUCUGGACAUGAAGCUCCCAGAGGGCCAUGUGCCCGAGGGAGCCGGCCUCAAAGGGCACCUGCCCAAGGUGCAGAUGCCCAGCUUGAAGAUGCCCAAAGUGGACCUCACGGGCCCCCAGGUGGACCUCAAGGGCCCCAAGCUGGACCUGAAAGGCCCCAAGAUGGAGAUGACAGCCCCUGACAUGGAAGUGUCUCUGCCCAGUGCGGAGGUGGAUGUCCAAGCCCCAGGAGCCAAGCUGGACGGUGUGCAGCUGGAGGGGGACCUGUCCCUUGCCGACAAGGACGUCACCACCGCCAAAGACAGCAAGUUCAGGAUGCCGAAGUUCAAGAUGCCAUCGUUCAGGGUGUCAGCCCCAGGCAAGUCCAUCGAGGCCUCAGUUGACAUGUCUGUGCCGAAGGUGGAUGCCAAGGUGGGCCUCCCCUCCAUGCAGGGGGACCUCAAGACCACUGACCUCAGCAUUCAGCCCCCUUCUGCCAACCUGGAGGUCCAGGCUGGCCAUGUGGACGUGAAGCUCCCAGAGGGCCACAUGUCUGAGGGAGCCGGCCUCAAAGGGCACCUGCCUGAGGUGCAAAUGCCCAGCUUCAAGAUGCCCAAAGUGGACCUCGAGGGCCCCCAGGUGGACGUCAAGGGCCCCAAGCUGGACAUGAAAGGCACCAAGGCAGAGGUGACAGUACCCGACGUGGAAGUGUCUCUGCCCAGCAUGGAGGUGGAUGUCAAUGUCCCAGGAGCCAAGCUGGGCAGUUUUCAGCUUGCGGGCGACUGGUCCUUGGACGAAAAGUAUGUGUCUGUAAAUGACAGGAAGUCUGAAGUCGUUUGUGAAGGUGAUCUUCAGGUUCCAUCACACGAUGAUAAGUUUGGACUUGGUGUUGGAAUAGUUGGAGUAGAUUCUAAGUUUAAGAACCUGCAGUUUAUAGCGCCCAAAGUUUCAUUUUCUUCUGCAAAAACUGCUAAAGAUAGUCUAGUUCCAGGUGCGGAGCCUGGAAUACGUCUCCCCACGAUUCCUGUGGCAUCAUCUUCAGAUUCUUCACAGUUUGAAUUACACCAGGCUUCGGCUGAUUUAGAGCCAUCCAUGCAGAUGCCUAAGGUUGGUUUGUCUGGAUUUUCGUCAUCUCAGCUUGAUCUCACUGGUCCCCACUUUGAAUCUUCUAUCCUUUCCCCCUGUGAGGGUGACAUACUCACAAAAUACCAGGUGACUGUUCCCAGAGCUUCCUUGGCCCCUGAGCUUGCUCUGCAAAUUCCUUCUGGGUCUCAGGCUGAGAUUCGUCUUCCCAAGACAGAGUGUUCCACUGACCUGCAGCGUCCAGAGGGAGUUCAAACUUCUCAAACUGACAGUCACUCUGGUACACUGAAUUCCAUGAUCCCUGCUUCUCAUGGUCAGGUGUCUUUUCCUAAAUUCUAUAAACCAAAAUUUGUGUUUUCAGGCCCCCAAAUGGCAGUUCCUGAGGGAGACCUACAUUCAGCGGUGGGUACCCCAGUCAUGUCUCCUCUUAGCCCUGGAGAGGGGCUACUGUUCCCCUUGCCAAGCACUCAGCUGCCAUCCCCAGGCACCUCUGUGUCCCAGGGCCUGGAAGAGCUUGUGGACUCCCUGGAGACCUCAGUAGUGGCUCCCAGAGGAACCCCUGCGGAAGAUGCUGACCACGAAGGGAAAGGGAGUUCCUUCAAAAUGCCCAAGUUUAAGCUUCCAUCAUUUAGGUGGUCCCCAAAGAAGGAAGCAGGGCCAAAGGUGGACCCAGAAUGCAGUGUGGAGGACUCAAAACUCAGCCUGGUUUUAGACAAGGAUGAAGUGGCCCUCCAGCCUGCCAUGCACAUGAAUCUGCCUCCAGAGAGGGAUGGAGAGAAGGGAAGCAGCACAAAGCCUGGCUUUGCCAUGCCAAAACUUGCACUUCCCAAAAUGAAAGUUUCUAAGGGUGGUGUCAGCCUGCCACAGAGAGACAUGGAUCCUUCUCAUUCUAGUGCCACAGCAGGGGGUAGCUUUCAUGUCACAGAAAAGGCCAGCAGUGAAGGUGGUGGGGGAGGACUUGGUUCAACAGCAGGCACCACAGAAGGUGAGGGUGUGAACCUCCAUUGGCCACAGGUCCGCAUUCCUAGUUUGGGCUUUGCCAAACCUGAUCUCAGAUCCUCCAAGACCAAGGUGGAGGUGAGCCAGUCUGAAGCUGACCUGCCUCUUCCCAAACAUAAUCUGUCUACUGAAGGUGACAGCAGAGGAUGUGGGCUUGGGGAUGUCCCAGCAAGCCAGCCUUGUGGGGAGGGGAUAGCCCCCACACCUGAAGACCCCCUCCAGCCAUCCUGUAGAAAACCAGAUGCUGAAGCCCACACAGUGGAAAGCCCAGAGGAGGAGGGCACGACCACGGACUUGCAGGAAAUCUGGAUUAAAAUGCCCAAGUUCCACAUGCCCAGCCUCAGGCACUCUUCCAGGGACAGAGGUGGAGCUGGAAAGCUGGAAGUGGCUCAGACACAGGCAUCGGCAGUAACAGGGGGUGAAGCAGCAGCUGGAGUCAACGAGUUUCUUGUUUCUGGGUCAAACGUGGAGGCAAAUAUGUCCCUACGGCUCCCAGAAGCAGAGGCAAUAGUGACAGCUUCUAAGAACAAAUCAUCCACAGAGGUUCUAAAGUGUGAUCUUGACAGCACAGGCUUGAAGCUGCACCUCUCCACUGCUGGGGUGGCUGAGGGUGAGCUUCCCACUUCUGAGGUCAGGAUCCAUUCAACCAAAGGACCUCUCCCUUUUCAGAUGCCUGGCAUGAGGCUUCCAGAAACCCAGGUUCUUCUAGGAGAAAUGGAUGAGAUUUCUCUUUCCAAGCCAGGACAUGAUCUUGCUGGCAUGGAGGAGAAAACAGAGAAAUGGUCUUCACUGCCUGAAGGUCCAGUUAAACUGAAAGCUUCAAGUACUGAUGUGCCAUCCCAGAUUUCUGUGGUUAAUGUGGAUCAGCUGUGGGAAGAUUCUGUGUUAACUGUCAAAUUCCCCAAGUUAAAGGUACCAAGGUUCUCCUUCCCUGCCCCCAGCUCAGAGGAUGAUGUGUUCAUCCCCACUGUGAGGGAAGUGCAGUGUCCAGAGGCCAAUAUUGACAUAGCCCUUUGUAAGGAAAGGCCAGGGCUCUGGGGAGCCAGCAUUCUGAAGGCAGGUGCUGGGGUCCCCAGGGAGCAGCCUGUGGACCUUAACCUGCCUUUGGAAGCUUCCCCAAUUUCAAAGGUCAGAGUGCAUAUUCAGGGUGCUCAUGCUGAAAGUCAAGAGGUCACCAUACACAGUACAGUGACACCAGAGUUUAUAGAUCUCUCAGCACCCAGGGGUUUUUCCACUCAGAUUGUACGGGAAUCAGAGAUCCCCGCAUCAGAGAUUCAAACACCUUCGUAUGGAUUUUCCUUGCUAAAGGUGAAAAUCCCAGAGGCCCCCAUGCAGGCUAGAGUGUACACAACAGUGACUGAACACUGUAGGACUCAGGAGGGCUUGGAAGAGGCACCCACACAAGCUGCCCUCAGAGUAGACUCCAUUUCUGGAGAUCUCCAGCCUGACACUGGAGAACCAUUUGAGAUGAUCUCUUCCAGCAUCAAUGUACUGGGACAGCAAACACUCACAUCUGAAGUUCCUGCUGGCCACCAGCUUGCAGACAGCUGUUCAGAUGAGGAGCCAGCAGAAAUUCUUGAGUUUCCCCCUGAUGACAGCCAAGAAGCAACCACACCGCUGGCAGAUGAAGGCAGGGCUCCAAAAGAGAAAACAGAAAGUAAAAAAUCUGGUCUGCUUUGGUUUUGGCUUCCAAAUAUUGGGUUUUCCUCUUCUGUUGAUGACACAGGUGUGGAUUCCAAAAAUGAUGCCCAGAGAACUGCUCCUAUUCAAACACAGCCUGAGGCACGACCAGAGGCUGAACUGCCUAAAAAACAGGAGAAGGCAGGCUGGUUCCGAUUUCCCAAAUUAGGGUUCUCCUCAUCUUCUACCAAGAAAAGCAAAAGCACUGAAGAUGAGGCAGAGCUGGAAGAACAAAAACUUCAAGAAGAAACAAUCACCUUUUUUGAUGCCCAAGAAAGUUUCUCCCCUGAAGAGAAGGAAGAGGGUGAGCUAGUGGGGCCUGUGGACACUGGGCUGGGCUCCAGAGUGAUGGUGACAUCCGUGGCAAGAACAGAGUUAAUCCUGCUAGAGCAGGACAAAAAAGCUGAUGAUGAAGGCAAAGGCUCAGGCCUGUGACCGAAUGAAGGCUGAGAGGUGUGGCUCGUCAACACAAGAGAGAUGCAAAAAACUAAGCUGGAAAGCAGAGGCUACACACACAUAUGGAACACCCCAUAGGAGCACAUUAUGUCCACCUACCUUCACAGACUGAGAACAGAGCAGAAAUGACCAGAACACCUUUGACACCAUCACACAGCCCUCCUAAAAUGGAACCAAAGCUUUAGAGCUUCCUCAAAGCUUUGGAUACAAAGAAGGCACCCUGGCUUCUCACAAGACACCAGAAUUCACAUGGUACUCAGAGGCACUGCUGGGGAAGUUUGUUUGUCUUUAUUAGAUAAAUUUCAAGAGACCUGUCCAUAAUACCCAACAGAACAUGACUAUUUCUUUGAGGAAAGGGUUAGAAUAUCUGUGGUAUACAAGUAGUUUUGGUAUAACUUCUUUCCUGCUGCUGCUGCUUCCUAGCAAACAUGGUUUUCCUAUUUCAGGCAGAGUGUGGUAUAUUCCAGGAAACACUGUUUCCUACUCACUUAUGCGCUUACUUCUUUGUUGAAUGCCUCACUAAUGGCAAGCUUCAAGACAUUUUGUGUGACAAUGCACACAUGCUGGGCAGAAGGGUGCUGGCCAGUGGCUGGCAGGUGGGUCAACAGAAGCUAGGACAUCUGUGAGUCGUCAUUCUCAUCUAUCCAUGUCCACUUGCCUGCCAGCAUCUGCCAGUGCCUUGCCAGCAUGCACAUCCCACACUGUGGCCCCUGAGCCCCCUAAUGUACAUGCUGUAGCCAGAAUGCAGAUGAAGCUGGCUUGGCUGUUCUCUGGAUGGGCAAUAAAGAAAGUGCUACAUCCCA